GCUAUACAUGAUUCGCCAUUUUAGGGACAUUUUUACCAGGCACAAUUGAUUUACUUUCUAAGUCACCCCGAUAUGUUUCAGAAAAAUUAGUUACCUGACAGAUACAUGCUGUGUAGGUUUUUGUAAAGAAAAUGGCUGAUUAUUGGAAGUCGCAACCGAGACACUUCUGUGAGUUUUGCAAGUGUUGGAUAGCUGACAACAAACCUAGCAGAGACUUCCAUGAGAAAGGAAAGAGACAUAAAGAAAAUGUGGAGCGCAGGAUUAAGGAGGUACGAGAGAAGAGUGAGGAGCACUGGAAAGUCCAGCAGGAGAACAAGGACUUCCUUCAGCAGAUGGAGGCAGCUGCUCUAAAGGCUGCUGCCAAGGACAUCGCCAGUGACCCUUCCCUGGCCAGUCAGUAUGGCAUCAAGGCUCCUAUCCACCGGCCUCCCAGCGUUAACAUAGAUACAGGUACGCUGUAGGUAACGUUACAUCUCAACAAAC